CGAGGCCGCUCGCCUCCGCGUCCCUCCCCGGGCUCCUCCUCUUUCUAGGCGGCCAGAGGCUCGGUCCUCGGCAGUCUAGGUUUGGCGCAUGCUGAGCUGCUGCCUCCGCCUUUGCGUCUCCGGCCUCGCGCUCCCGCCGCCCUUCCUGCUGCAGCCGCCUCGGGCCGCGGGACCGAGCGUCCGCCACCUGCUUCUCCGGACCCUCAACUUCAACUUCCGCCAGCCUCGCCUCAUGAAGCCUCUCGUCGUGUUCGUGCUGGGCGGGCCCGGCGCCGGCAAGGGCACCCAGUGCUCCCGCAUUGUCCAGAAAUUUGGCUACACACACCUUUCUGCGGGAGACCUGCUUCGUGACGAGAGGAAUAAGCCAGAUUCUCAGUAUGGCGAGCUCAUUGAGAAAUACAUAAGAGAAGGAGAGAUUGUGCCAGUUGAGAUAACCAUCAGCCUGCUAAAAAGGGAAAUGGAUCGAACAAUGGAGGCCAAUGUUCAGAAGAAUAAAUUCUUGAUUGAUGGGUUUCCACGAAAUCAGGACAAUCUCCAAGGCUGGAACAAGACCAUGGAUGGGAAAGCAGAUGUAGCUUUCAUUCUGUUUUUUGACUGUGAUAAUGAGAUCUGCAUCGAGCGCUGUCUUGAGAGGGGCAAGAGUAGUGGGAGGAGCGAUGACAACCGGGAAAGCCUUGGAAAGAGAAUUCAGACCUAUCUGCAGUGCACUAAGCCUAUUAUUGACCUCUAUGAGGAGAUGGGGAAAGUCAGGAAGGUAGACGCCUCUAAAUCCGUUGAUGAGGUGUUUGGAGACGUCGUGAAGAUUUUUGACAAAGAAGGCUAAUUUCACUUCACAGAUCAUGCUUGACCCUUGCUUCAAUAGCUGCUACUACAGUCCACCCUUUGUUUAAAGAAAUUUUAAUCUUUUUGUCAUUAUGUCUGGAUGGAUGACUGGAAAAUAGAUAGUAAUUAAGUGGAAAAAUUUUUUUUUUUACAGUGCUCUUUGUACAUGACUCUAGUAGAAAAUAACUUCAGGGCCUUGCUUAGUAGUAGUCAAGGCUUGCACCCAGCAAGGAAGGCCCUCAGCAGGCUCCUCAUUAAGAGCUCACCUCUCCCCUGUCUUCCUUUCCCUCCUCCUCUGCCUCCCUCCUCUCCUUUCCCACUCUUGCCUCCAGGAGCCAGGCUUGCUCUUCAUGUUCAGAACCACUCUGUAGCGACAGGACGGUCCCUAAUUGCUUUUCCAAGCAACAAGUUAAAAAGCAGUUACCACCUGCUGUGGAUCCAUGGACCAAAUGUCAGGAAUCUUUUCAUGGAGUCACUGUUUGCUCAGUUUAUUUAUUUUAUUUUUUUGGUAAAUGAAUUGAGAAAACAAGGACCCUGGGGUUGUUUUCAUGUUUCUUAUUUAAAUGACCAUAAGAAAUCUGGACCUCUUUAACUCUUAGCAGUGACUAGUGGGAGAGAGGGUCAUGCUUGGGGUUCCUGGACUUCAGGCCAUCUUGAAUCAGUCAUAACCUAAGGCUUUUGUGGUGGUGGUAGGGGAAACUGGUCUCCCCAGACUGACUCAACCUACCUCCUCCUGGUGCAAUAAAACAUCAGCAAAAUUGCUCGCCAGUGAUUCCUGCUGGGAGUAAGGGAAAAGGAGAUUUUUCAACAGUUUGAUUUUUUGGAACACUUAAAGAGAUUUGGGAUCUUCAGGAUUAUAAUAAAAACUGAUAUCAGUUAAGGGUGGAAAUUCUCUUAAAGGUGAAAUUUUAAAUUUGUUAUGUUUUCUUGGUAGGUUCGUUUUUUUUUCAUAGUUAAUUGUUUUAAAGGAUUUUUUUCCAAAAUAAUUGCACUUCUGUUUGUUUAAGAAAACAAAUAAAUACAUCUUACAGGUAUUUAAUUCUAUCUUCAGAUGUUUUUAUUUAGUCCGUUCUGUUGAUGGAUGGCAUCAUUUCUGACUUAAGCUUACUUGUUCAGUCCUCUCACCAGGAAGUACAGAAAGCACCCUGUUCUUCCCCCGUCCAUGGGAAGGAGGCAAAUUCUACAGCCAUUUUUCUUUAGCAAUUUUAAGGAACCUCAAAGUUUCAGCAAGGUAGGAGAGUUGCUUCUUUCAAAUUAAUUUUCCAGCUGAUAGAAAGCCCAGUCUAUCUCACCCACCCUGGUCCUUCUACCCCCACCUCUUUCCUCUCCUUGCCCCCCCCAUCUGCCAAUGCUGUGAAGUAUUUCAACCCCCCCCCCAAAAAAAAAAAAAAAAAAAAACUGAGAGGAAGAUUAAUUAUGGAUUCUAGGAGGGAGAUAGUGGAAGAAGCUGUUCUCUGCCGAAUUAGUCCAGCUGAUAUGGAAGGGCCUUCACGGGGUCCCAGUACCUGCUCAAAUGAAAGAGAACUUGUAGAGACUUCUGCCCACCCACCCUUAGCCCCCCUUGCUGGAAAGGAAGAGGGAGUGGAGGGUGGGAAACGGGGCUUUCCUGAGUGUUCUAUUCGGGCUGCUGAGAAGAGGUGCCUUAUUUCUUUCUAUCAGAUAUCUCUUGGUGGCUUCUCAGGCUGAAACCCAGAAAUGGUGAAAUGGGAUGGUUGUUCUUUUGUUUGUUUGUAAGUAGAAAAACAUGUUGGCACUGGGGGAGCUACAUCUGACUGCCGGUUUGGUCAUUCCUUUUGUUAAAGAUAAAGUCACCAUGAAGUUCUUGUGGGUUUGAAAGUUUCCUCAUUUUCGAGUCUUUUUGUUUGUUUGUUUGUUUUUUUAACAGCUCUUAGCACAGUGCCUGGCCUCUAGUAGGUGCUUAAUAAAUGUUAAUUAUUGACAGAUUAGUUUAUGAUUGUUAUUUCUGUCUGGUGAUGUUAAAGAGUAUCAGUCAUUUAAAUGGUGAUAUCAAUAAAGGUGUCCUGUUGCUUUUGCUGA